AUGCUCACGAAUAGAAAGUGGGGUGAGGGUGGGGAAAGUGAUGAUCAUAUUGUGCCAUAUCCUGAUGGAAGUGAAGAAAAAUCUCAUGGUUUAUAUAGAGAUCUCAUUAGUAAGGAAUGGAAUCAGGAAGCUGCAGACAUCAAGCAUGCUGAACGGAAGAAAUCUGCUGCUAAAAAUGAAUCCCAUGGAGGUAAACUAGAGGGCAAUUCCCAAAAAAGGACGAAUGAAGGCCUUCACACCACAGGAUUUGGCAUGGACAUAUGGCCUGAUUUGUCUUUAUCCAAUACUGCAAAAACUGAUCAGGAUUCCAUGGACACUGAAGCAUCCAACAAUUUAAUUGAAAUUUCCCAAUAUGAUUCCUCGACAGGCGGUGCGUGA